AUGCUUUUCGCCAGCGCCGAGCAGGAGGACCUUAACCAGCUGCUCACGACCUUGUCCGAAUCGCACACCCAGUUGAUUAACCUCAUCCAGAAGAUAGCAAAGGCCACCGACGAUGAAGAUCUUCAGGCGCUUUGCGAGUUGCUCCCCUUGUUGGACGACCUGAUGAAGUUGUACCCCUCCGAGUGCCCAGAGGCUGAGAAGGAGCUCAAGGCUUUGGCGUCGGCCAACCGCGAGCGCCUGGAGCUCGUGCGCCGGACGCAUGGCACCACGAGCGCGGAGCUCCAAGCGCUCUUGGAGGCCGCGAAGAAGGUGGACGGAGCCAAGGUGGCGACCGACACGCUCGACGCGCGCCUGGUGGCCGGCGAGAGCAUGAAAAGAGAGACUGACUCUAUCAAGAAAACCUCAGAAGCUGUGGACACAGACGAGUGGUCCAAGAUGUCCGAGGAGAAACAGAAUGAGGCCAUCGAAGAUGAACAAUCGAAGCGCAUCCGGCAGCGAGCAGUGGUGAUGAAGGAGGUCGUGCCAAAGUGCCUGGAGGACAGCUCUUGGCCCAAGCCACUGAAGCUGAAGGAGAUCUAUGACCAGAAAAAGCAGGCCACGGUGGUCGAGCAAUGCGGCAAGAAAGCCGUCAAGGAUCAAGAGCGCUCCGAGGCCGUGAUGAAGGAGCUGCGCGAACACCAGGAGACUCUGGGCACCGACUGGCAGACGUGCAAGGAGCUUUGCAAGUCAGAGCAGAAGGCUGUGAACGAGAGCAUGGAGAAGGUCACCCAGACCCGCCAGGCCCACGAAGCGGCCUUGAAGGAGUACCUCGAAAACACCAUCCGCCACGAAGCCGCCGUCAUCGUUGAGGGAAAAAUUGCGGACAAGGUGGCGGCGGUGGAGGACGAGAUCGAGCAGGCCGAAAAGGCGCAAAAGGAGGCCAAGGAAGCAGCAGAGGCCUGUCACUCGGAGGCGCAGGAAUCCUUCGAGGAGAUCCACUCGAAGGUGAAGGAGACGGCCUUGAAGCUCAAGGAGAAGGCCUUCCAGCCAGCCUUCAUCAGUGUGGUGAACACCGAGUUCAUUUGCCAAGUCACGCAGAAGUUGUGUGAGGAGAAGCGCAACCAGCUUGCACUCACGAAGAAGGAGCUGAAGAAGGUUGAGAGUGCCAAGGCAGAGAAGGCCGAGAAGGAGCAGAGCUGCAAAGGCACGAACAAGAGCAAACUGGUGGCUGACCGGCUCCGGCUCCAGCAGAAGGCGAACAAGCUAAAAGAGGCGGAAGAGGAGAUCAAACGGCAGCAGAACGAGGCAGAAGACCUGUACCGCCAGGCUGACGAGCAACGGGAGGAGCUGAAGUGUCUCGCCGAGCUGGGCUACGAGAUCGACUCGGGCAAGGCCAAGGAGACAGCAGAGGCCGAGGCCGAGGACGCCUUUGGCGAGGCGAUUUUCAGGGACGAGGAGGGUGAUGACGGUGACGACCUCGAUGAGGAGGACUAUGGCCAAAACCACGCCCUGGCGCUGCAACAUGCUGACGUGUUGCAGAAACUCCAGCAAUCGCUGGAAAAGAAGGAUCAGGAGCUUGCCAAGGAGAAGGAGUACCGGAAACAUGCUGCGCAGCAAACCCAAGAGGCUCGGGAGCAGAUGAAGAGGAUGGAAUGCCGAGUGCAGGAGCUGGAAGCUGCUCUUAUUGUGCGCGACUCCUCCUCCGCUGAGCGCACCACGAAGAGCAGCGGUGGACCGUGCCCUGUGGGCUGGACCGAAGUGACCCAAAUCGCCCGCGGAGAGCGCUCUGCCCACUCGGGCGUCGCCGAGUAG